UUCUUUUUUCUCCGCAAAAGCUACUCAACAGCUCCAGAACUCCGUGGAUUAACAAAGAAGGAAGCCCUUCUGCUGCCUCAGCUUCUGUUUCGACCAAAUACGAAUCACGCCGUCGAUAACAGGACUUAUUAGGGUUUGAGGAAUUGAAAUACUGCAAUGAAUCCGUUGACGCUAGUGAAGCGUAUUCAGAAUAUUAAUGCAAAAGAAGCAUCUUUAGGGAUUUCCGAUCAGGCAUCCUGGCAUGCCAGAUACAAAGACUCAGCUUAUGUAUUUGUUGGCGGCAUUCCUUUUGACCUCACUGAAGGUGAUCUCCUCGCUGUUUUUGCUCAGUAUGGGGAGGUUGUUGAUGUCAAUCUUGUUAGAGAUAAAGGUACAGGCAAGUCAAAGGGUUUCGCUUUUGUUGCUUACGAGGAUCAAAGGAGUACAAAUCUUGCUGUGGAUAACUUAAACGGUGCUCAGAUUCUGGGUAGAAUAAUCAGAGUUGAUCAUGUUUCCAACUAUAAAAAGAAAGAGGAAGAGGAUGAAGAGACGGAGAGGAAAAAGAGGGAGGAGCGAGGGGUCUGCCGCUCUUUUCAGAGGGGUGAAUGCAAUCGUGGUGCUGCGUGCAAGUUCUCUCACGAUGAGAAGAGAGCUGCAAACACAGGCUGGGGUGCUGCGGAAGAUCGAAGUUUGAGAUGGUCCCAUGACAAAGUUGAAGAUUCUAGGAAGGAUGGAAGAUCUGGCCAAUGGGGUCGGCCUCCGUGGCCUGAUUACAAGGAAGAGGUCAAAGUCUCUGAUAAAGAUCCAAGAAAUUCUAAUGCAAAAAUCAGUGAUAUAGAAAGGCAUGAGCAGAGAGAUUCGACUGCAAGAGAUCAUUAUAAGAGAGAUGUCGAGCAGCGCAGGUCAGAGCGGAAGGAAAAGGAAAGUAAUUACAAAGAUGAUGAUCUGGAUAGGUCACAUGUGGAGAGAAGAUCUAGGAGGUAUGAUGGUGUACAAGACUCGGGGGAAGCUACAGAGAGAAAAUCUAGGAGGUGUGAUGAUGUGACCUCAAAGGAAUAUGAUGAUAGGAGAGAUGAAAGAAGACAAAAAAGAUAUGAAUCUGAAUCUUAUCAUGCAGAAAAAAGAGAAAGCAGGGAAAGGGAGAAACGAGCUCGCUUCCACGGUGAUGGAGGGGAUGAAGAAGACCGGAGCCAAAGAUCUCGUAGAUAAUGGUCCCCUGAUUUAGGACUACUGAAUCGUAUUAAAUUUGCAACUUCAGUUCCAACUUUGAGUACAAUGCCUUAUCCGACAGCCAGAGGUGAUCCACCUAGGUUAAAGGUGUUUGGCACUAGUUUGGUGCAGUUACAUUAAGGAGCUGUCUCGGAAAGGGUUAGUCCUCAUAAGCAAGACCUUUUGGAAAGCACCUGAGAAAUGGAAUCUCGGCUUCAUGUGCUCUAAUACUAAACAAAGGGAUGGUGAGUAUUAGCAUCUCAAAUACAAGUGGCCAUUUGCUUUACUUUAUUAAGCUGAUUUUGUCUCCAUUUUGACUUGAAAGAGCAAUAUUCAGCCCUUGAAUUUUCCGUUUCAUUAGAUUUGGUCUUAUUUCCGUUUUAAAUACUCAACCUCUUCGAACGUGUGAUCCCAUAUGACAUGUCUCAUUGUUGUAUAACUUGACAAUUCACUAGUUUUCAGCACGUGAAACCUAUUAGCUUUACUUGUUUUAGCUGAUC